ACACACACACACACACAAAACAGAGCUAACAUAUGAGUGCUUUUCAUGAGAGUAGCAUUUCUGUUUCGAGUGGGUUUAACCGGUUGUUAACAUAGAAUUGUUUUGAACCUGGACCUCUGUGGCGACGGGUGGAGCAACAAAAAUUAGAAAAGAAAGCGAAAGUUAAACCUUCGUCCAGAGCAAAAACAAAAUAUUACUCUGGUUUCUCACCUCAGUUUGGCAAGUGUCAAUACCACAACUUUCCAUCUGCAGACUACUCUGAAAAACGAUGGACACCAGGGAACAACUACAGGAGCUCCUGUCAGAAUAUGUAGAGGACACACUCAUCUGCAUUUCGACAGUGAGGGACUUCUGUGACAAACAACAAAAAUGGACCCUUCAGAGAGAGACAGAGCUGGAUAAUAUUAGAGACAUCAAGGACAGAGCAGACCAAGUCAGUCUUAAGUUUGACCAUGUUCAGCGCUCCAAGAACAAAGCCAAGGCUUUUGGGGAAUUCCUGUGGAGUGGUUUAACUCAGGUCACAGCUGACUCCAGAUAUCAGGAGCUGGAGAAGGAACUGGGCGCUGUCCUGAAGGACACACUUGAGGGGCUGGAGAAACUUGACCACUUUCUGGAUGCAGUGGAGAAGCUUACAGUCACCUCACUGUUUGUCUUCACUGGACGGAGCUUCUUGCCAAAAGGAGAGAGUCCUGAAAGUGUGCGAUCGGUCAUCACAGCUGCCAGAAUGGCCUCUCCUCUCCUCAUCCACUUUAAACGAAAUGCAGAAACCUUCUUCCUUCCUUCACUUAAUAACCUGGAUGUCCUGGCCUUUCAACUAGACAAAUAUAUGCGUGUCACUGAACAGAUCUGUGCGAAGAUGGAGAAGAAAUCUAAGAGUGUUUUCUGGUCUGACGAUAUCCAUAGAUUUAAGAAGGGUGAGCCUGUAGUAAAGUUCAGCUUGAUCUUAAGUGAGGAUUCCAUGCAAAAAAUGCUUAAUCAUUUGAAGCAGUUGUGCAAAAUAAGGAUGGACCAGCACACCAGGCUGACCUUCAUUUUUCUGGAACACACACUGCACUUCAUUGGUGUGUUCAGUCAGCGUCGCUCUAGAAUGGAGCAGUUCCUGUCAGAUCUGGAGGAGAGCGCAAUUCAGCUGGACAGAAUGAAGAUGGGGGCCAGUAUCUCCACUGUGGCUGGCAGUUCAGUUGGGAUAGCAGGCGGUGUCUUGUCCAUCGUUGGUCUUGCUCUUGCCCCUGUUACUGCAGGAGUGUCAUUGGCUCUGACACUGACCGGUGUCGGUCUGGGGGUGACCAGUGGUGUCAAUAGUGUUGUCACAGGCAUCACUGAGGCAGCAGUCAACAACCACCAUGGGAAAAAUGCACAGAACAUUUUCCAGAGAUACAUGGAUGAUGUGGGGAAGAUUCUAGACUGUCUGGAGCAGGCCAGUAGCGAGGAGCGUUUAGAGGGACUUGAUGUUGUAGAUAUGAUGAUUGGAGCAGGAAAGUUGAUAUCUCGUGCUGGAGGAGUAGCCAAAAGUAUUGAUAUCCUGGUAGAUGCAGCCUCAGCUGUUAAAGUUCUCAAAAGUGAGGAGGUGAUUGCAACUGCAGCAAAGAUUGGGCUCCAGGAGGCACAAAGUGCACGCAGCAUUCCCAAACUCGCUGCAGACCUGCCCGACAUUGGGCAGCUGGCGAAAGGGACACCACUAGCGCUCUCUAAGUCUGCUAGAGCUGGAUUCAUCACUCUAAAUGCCCUCUUUAUUGGCUUAGAUGUCCUAUUUAUCUGCAAAGACAGUAUAAGUCUGGCCAAAGGGAGCAAGAGUGAGGCUUCUCAGCUCAUCCGCUCCAGAGCAGCUCUGUGGAAAUCUGAGCUGGAGGCCUGGCAGAAGAUCCAUGAUUCCUUAUGCAUAGGAAUAUGGAGGUUUAGGAAGAGCCAGGAAGUGUUGGAGCAACUGUUUCUGCCUUAAAUUAGUUUUAGAGUAAUUUGCUACUAAAGUACUUUUCAAGAUUCAAGAAGAGUUGAGAUGAACACUUGUCAUUUCAAGCUGUCUGACUUGUUAAUAAUUCAUGUUAGUCAAAUGUAAGCUUUACAGAGAUCUGCUCAAUAUAUAGCACAUAGUAAAUUCAUGUUAAAAAUCAUAACUUAAAAAAAA